AUGGCCAUGCAAACCGAUACCCAGCCGACAUCCAACAGGAUGCCUUUCCUCGAGAACCCUUUGCCCACUGUUCUUCCUGAUGUCGAUGAUCUUUUUGGUGGAGAAGGUCCCGUCAACCUCGCAUUAUCACCCCCAAGUAAAGAGCUCCGUCAACGGGUGGAUGAUCUUCGCCGCCGAGGAUGCUGCCAGACCGUUGCGUGGUCCAAGGCUGGCAUCAUUGCCUCCAUCACCCCAGAAGGCCACUUUGUCGAGGUGAGAUUCGUUCGCUGUCACCCAGACGAUGGAUCCUGGGACCUAAGCGAAGCGACCCGUUGUGAUCUCGUGACGGGCUCCGACUCUAUUCCCCUGGUCCAUCUCGUAUGGAGCUCUACUAGCAUCCCGGAAUUGGCCGUGCUAGAUGCCGUUGGCCGGCUUGUCCUUCUAACCUUCUCAACUACCCUCAACAAGCCUUACAUGUCCCGUAGGUGGGAUGGUGACCCCGUCGACGACCUCAAUGCCGUUGUCGGCUGCCAUUGGUUGGGCCUCAUAUCGCCGAGCCGUCCUUUCAACGUCUUGCAUGGACCCGCCAUCAAGGAAAACAACCGAUACCGCUACGAUACCUCCUUUAUCCACAGCUUCGGGCCCUCUCAUCCUAGCCCGUCCAAGAGCUCACUACUAUGCGUCACCACCAACGGCCAGAUCAGGCUAUUCUAUUCCCAGAAUAACAACAGGAUCGAGGAGACCACAACAGAUAUUGAAAGAAUCGGCAGUACCGAUGACAUGGUUACCCACGCUUCCAUCUGCGCCCACAAGACCUUCCUGUACCUCGCCCUAGCCACGGCAUCCCGGCAGCUUAAGCUUGUUAAGCUCACGUUGCAAUGGGGGCAUUCACAGGGGGAUAAACAUCCUGCUCCGGGCGUCCCCUUGAACCCUUCGCUAGUCGAGCGCCAUCUAGCGUCCACAAGCUGGCAUCAAUAUGGGCCCAAUGACUCCCCCUUUGACUCCGCCAUGACCCAGAUCUCACUUCUGGAAAUUCUUCCUUCAACUCUUGAGAACGACGCCCAGUCAUGGUCACCCCCACUUAUUCUCACUGUCCGAUCCUAUCUACCCUCUGCCGACUCACCCUACCAAGAGGUCCAUAGCAUCGUCGACCGAUGGCAAGUGUUAACCGACCAGCCCCAAUCGAUCCACCCAGCCUUCUCUUCGUUAGGUGGCCAGAAACAGAGCUCUACCCCAGAUCCGCAGCCGACCACGCGACUCCAACGCGGAGAGCCACUAACUUUCAACAAAGUCAUUGUGGGUAUUCAAACCUUGCAAUUCGGCAAGGUUAUAUGCAUCAGCUUUUCGGACGGUACUCUUGAGUACCGUGACCGUCUCACGCUGAAUGAGAUAUACAACGAGCCCAACAUAGAACGGAUCAUGAAUUUGCACCAAGUCGGAUUCACCUUUCCCGAUCCCACACCUUGUCUUCAACUCUUGCUUUCGCCUACGAACUGCUCCCUAGUGCAAGUUUGCCCCAAUGGCGAGCUGAAAUGGAAACACCUCCAGUAUGCUCAGGAAGACAUCGGCAACUCGACUCAAGAUCGUAAGGUUAUCUGCAACCCCGUUGAUUUCGUCUCUUCUAACUUCCAAUCAGCACAAUAUUCGCCAGCCAUUGCGGCCCUAACAGUUGCAACGGGUGCAGCGAUCUAUUACAUGUCAAGCUUUGAUGAUGUUUUGGCCGUAGCCCGGCCAUUCUCCCAGAAGAAGCGAUUCAACUAUGACUUUGCUACUGACAUAGUGUCGAUGCUUAAAUUCUCGAUCGACUACUCCGAGGACAGCCACCAUGACAACCUUGUGAGAAACACUCAUCUACAGAUGUGUCUUAGCAUCAUUGGCAAUCUCGGUUUCCGUGGCCAAUAUAACCCGCGGAGCUUUGGAAGCAAGUUCGCCACUCUAGCCUUGAAUGCCAGAAACAUUGUCAUCCUCGUUACAAUAGCGAGUAAUACUCCGCAAAAUCUACGGGAGAAACUGAGCCCGUUAGAUGAACCCGAGGUGGUUGAAGCUCUCGCAGGAUGCGCCAAGUGGUCAAUUGAUCUUUUGUCGUGGCUAGCAGACAGUCUGUUCUCGUUACUCGAUGAUUCAAAGUUCACCGCUUUGGUCAGGGAGCCCAGCAAGUUUGCUGCUGUAUCAGCAUAUCUACAAGAGAAGAACGACGUAGCUUUACACCUUCUUUUGUGUUCGUCGACCAGAGGUUUCCUUGUCGCGGUGUGCCGGCGACUUCAACAUCUUGACGCCCUCGGUAACCGCGUCAUUGGCUUCUGGGAAACACAAGCCCAACAGGGGCAGGCCGACGCUAAGACGUCGAAUCUUGCCCUGCACAGGGCCUAUCAGCGAAUGCAGCAGAUUACGUCGUCGAGCCUCGUGAAGGCGCAAGACUUUGAGAAGCUUUUGACUCAGUUGGGCAACGACAUCCGCUCCACAUAUACGGGGAUGCUGGUGGUAAUGGUUAGCAAGGCGGCUGGACAGCCACCUCCCCAGCCGGGCGCCGCCAUCCCCAAGCAGCUCGACGCCAUGAUAAAACAAGCGCAGAUGCAGUGCGAGCUCGCUAUGCUCCUCGGCGGCACUAUCAAUCCCAUGUUCCGCAAGGCACUUAUGCAGUUCUUUGGGACUCAUCUCUCAACCUUCAAGGCAACGGUGGACCCUGCCAAGCUCUUCUUCCAUGACUACUCGCUCUUGGAGGUUGCCGCGGAUAGCCCGGAGAGUCUGGCGAGGAAGCGGUCGCUGGCGCUCUACGUCGACAUGUUCAGAAAGGUGGAGAUUUCUCCGGGACAGGCCGAGACACAUCAACAUCGGCAGCAACAGCAGCAGCAGGCGAACGGAGGAGCGCGAACGAUGGGGCUAGUGUGGAGUGGACAGUGGAGGCGUUGCGUUCGGUGCGCGUCCGUGAUGGAGGACGUGUCGAACCCGAGGCAUGGGUUUUCGUACGUCUUGUCGCAGCAGAGGAAGUGUGCUUGUGGAGGGAGUUGGGGCUUGUUGCCAAAAGGGGGGCUUGUUAGCUGA